AUGAAAACACCUUGAAUGGUGCAAGCAGGCGCGCAUUUCGGCAGCCAAGAGUUCGGGAAGGUUAACCAAACCAAAGAAGGGCACGGAAACAGAUAUCGCAGCAAAGAAUCCGCAACCGCUUUUGAGCUUGCUCGCUUGCUUGCCCUAGGCUUGCCGAGGCUCAACGCCGACGAGGCCGAACCGAUGGAAGAGCUUGUUCCAAUUAAGCAUCCAAAACACAACAACAAGCGAUGACCUCGUCGGUGCUGAACGGCGCCGGUGCUGAAUCGCCGGCGCCGCCCGCCUUUUCUCCGCUCACAGACCCUGCUGACCCAGGAAACCGCGAGCCGUCGGUUAAUGUGAAUCUCGAUCCCAGUACAGACGGCGCGGAUGCUGCUCAUGAUGUUAAUGAUCCAAGUCCAAACAACGACAACGCCAACCCAUCCGCUGCUCUCCCCGUCGAUUCCAAGGCGUCCGAAGAACAACAGCCGCCGCUAGCAGGGCCUGCGCCAGACAACAUAGACACGGCCAUGACUGAUGCAAUGGACCUCGACCCGUUAAUGAACCCCGCCAUGGACUACACUGCCGGAGCAGGCGUCGACUUCUACCAGCAUCCUUCCCAGCUUCUCAUGGCCCUCGCCCGUCUGUCUGCCGCAUCACAGACAGCAGGCGCUCCUCCGCUGACUGUCCGUCCCUCUAACAUGCUGCUCGACACACCCGAGACCCCCUUGCAGACGAAUGAUGCUACUCACGGCGCCCCGCCCGUCGAUCACCCGCUCGAAUCCUUUGCAAGGAUCGAGUUUGCCGACAGCGUGUUCCAGAUGACAACAUAUGCCGUGGUCAUUGGCCGUGACCAGCGUGCCUUGGAACAGGCCAGAAAGGACGAGCGGCGUCUCGAGGAGUACCAGCGCAAGGUGCGCGAGAAUGAGCAACUUGGCCUGCCUGCUCCUUCUCCCCCAACCCAAGAGCGAGGCAAAUUCAGCAAGUCGUAUGUCAGCGAGGAGGGCGGCAUGCUGGGUCCCGAGUCUGACGGAGAGGACCAGCCCCGCCCAGCCAAGAGGAGGAAAAUGAGCGGCGGCGCCGGGUCUGCGUCGGGUGACUCGCACCGGCAGGAGUCUGCGAAUGGCGAACCGGUCGGACAGGAGGAUAAGAAUCUCACCUUCAACCGGCAGUAUGUCUCUCAUACUCCAGGAGCAGCCGCCGUAAAUCUCAGUGCUCUACGGCCUUCGCCCUACUACGUGCCAUUCAUCGGCAUUCACUCGCCGGGGCCAAACAUUGCCAGCAGGACCAAGGCCAUUUCAAGGGAGCACCUGCGGAUCCAGUUCAACCCUAAGAAGGGCGUGUUUGAAGCCAUUCCGCUGCACAAAAACGGCUUCUUCUGCGAGGACGUUCAUUAUAAGGAUGAGCCAGUGGUGCUGAGGAGUGGCGACCGUCUCCAGAUUAAGGAUGUUGAUUUCGUCUUCAUUAUCAACGGCGUUCCCCGCGGCAAAACCGGUGCCGAGGAAUGCAUGGAAGAAGACGGUGCCUCUAGCAGGCGCUACUCUGAAGGGGGCAAGGAGAUGAGCUUCGAUUUCGAGAGCUCACAUGAUGUCGAAAGACGGAGCACGAGUCCCGAAGAAGAAGUUGCGGGUGAGGCCGCACAAGAGGACAGCGAUAGCGAGCUCUCAGAGCUGGGCGAGGACAUUCCGGAACCGGAGGAGGUGGCGGACCAAGAAGUCAUGGAAACGAUUGAAAAAGACGGCGAGGAUCAGACAGCCAUCAAGCCUGAAAUACCUCCCGAGUUAUUAGCCGAUUUCCCCCCCAUCCCCAAGAAACGUGGCCCGGGACGGCCGCCGAAGAAUGGUAUCAUGUCAAAGCGGGAGGAGCGGCUACGCAAGAAAGCAGCUAUGGAGUUGGCCAAGAAGAACAUGCCGCAACCGCCGCCUGGUGACCCGCCCGUCAAGAGAAAGGUUGGGCGGCCGCGCAAACAUCCUCUGCCCGAAAACGCGCCAGAUAGGCCCGAGAAACGAAAGUAUAAACCUCGGAAAUCCAAGAGUGGCGAAGAGGGCGAGGGCUCGGACCCCGAAAAGGCCAUCAAAGAGAGGAGACGAGAGAAGCCCAAGACGCCACCCCUGGAACUGAACAGGGAGGACUUCACCGAGGAGCAGCUGCAGAAACCUAACAAGAACUAUGGCGUGCUGAUAGACGAAGUCUUGUCUGCUGCGCCCAACGGCCUCACCUUGAAGCAGAUCUACAAGAGGAUCCAGAUCAAGUAUCCCUACUAUUACUUCGCCGGAUCCAAGGGCUGGGAGAGCAGUGUCCGCCAUAACCUCAUCGGCAACGAUGCCUUCAAGAAGAACGAGGAGACUCACCUUUGGAGUCGCGUUGCAGGUAUCGAUAUCGAUGCGGGGAAAAAGCGCAAAGCGUCGUCACCUGAUCGUUCCACGUCUCUGCACGCGUUUGGCCAACAUUAUCCCCCGCCGGGAAUGCCGCCAGCGCAAAUGGUCCACGGCGAAGCCUUGCAGCAUCACGGGUACCGUCCGGGUUCUGGGCCCCAGCGCCCAGGGUAUCCGCCUGGCCCUGGCCAAGGAAAUUUCGGACAACAAGCACAGCCGCAGUUCAUCGCUCAAGGAGUCGGUGCCGCUGCGCAGCAACCCAAUCGCCCAGCAUAUCCCCCUCCCAUGCAAGUAUCAGGCGCUGCCCAUACAACUGGUUCUGCAAAUCCGGGUGCAGCACGGCCGUUGCCAGCGACCACACAGAUGGGAAGCUAUUCUUCACCGUACGCAUCGAGACCUCAACCCAUCGGCGCAGUUCAGCCUGGCGUUCCCGUACAGGCCGCGGCAGGACAGAAUUUCGUAUCUCAGAGUCAGGCGAAUCCGGUCAAUGGGCUGCCGCGAGUAGAGACCCCAUCUACGCAAGCUGGAGGGCCUGGCUCGGCUGGGCCACGACCAGCGCAACCAGCGCCGAUGAACAGCACCGAUGCGUCUCUCAAGCCCGCAGUUGCGCCGGAACUGGUUAGGUACGUGACGAACUUCAAGAAGACAGUCACGGAGCAAUUAGCAAAGCGCACUUCGGCAGCCGAGGCGCUCGCCAUGUCCGUCAUAAACCGUGGCCUUGGGUUGACAACCGAGAGCACGGUGCCAAACGAGCAGGAGCUGGAGAAGAUUGUGUACGGGGUGUUUGAAUCCAGCAGGAAGAACCUCGGUGCCAAUCAAUCUCUCCAUCCGGGCCUAGUCCAGGCUCUUGUGAAUUUCAAAGACAACAUGACCAAGACUUUAGAACCGCGAAUGGGCAAGCUCAGCUCGGAGCGCUUAAUUCUGUCGGCUGUGGAUCGUGUAUUGGGAUUCGCCGACACGAGUACAAUGCCCGACAAGGAGCGGUACCAGGAAGCGGAGACGGUCCUCAUUCCGGCCAUCAAGCGGGUAGUCACCGAGCACCAAAAGACCGUCGCGGCUGUCGCAUCUUCUGCCAGCACGCCCGCUCUGACCCCGGCACCAAGUGCCUCCAAGCCUGCGGCGCCGCCGGCGGCGACAGUUGCGUUUACAGGAACACCGAACCCCGCGGUAAAACCACCGCAGACGACACCGACGCCGGCUCACUCAGUUCCGGCGAUUCCUCGUCCUCCCGUCUCAGCGCCGCCGCCUGCAACGGCGAGGCCUACCGCACCGGCUACUGCACCGGCUACUGCCACGCGACAAGUCGUCACCCCUGCCGCAAGCCCGGCGCAGGUUGCCUCUCAAAUCCCGCCUGUCCCGAAGCCUCCCAUUCCAGCACAAAUAUCUGCGUCCACCCACCAAAUUCCUGGGCAUGCAGCGGCUCCUGCUCCCGCAAAUUCAGUUGCAUCCCAAGUGUCUCAACCCUCUCCUCAGCCACCAGUCGUCGGCGCGGCUGCAGCCCCGACUGCACCGCAGGCACUUUCUCAACCUGCUCCCUCAGUUCUCGCUACUCCCGCUCCGACCCUCACAAAUUCGGUUGUAUCCCAUGUGUUCCAACCGUCUGUCGAAGCAGCAGUAGUUGGCGCGAAUGCAGCGCCGGCUGCAUUGCAGGCGCCUUCGCAGCCUGCUCCCUCAGUUCUCGCUACUCCGGCUUCAGCUGUACACAAGGCCUCGACUUCUGCUGCUGCUGCUCCGGCCUUAGCCCAACCUCAACCACAGGUGUCCGCUGCGCCGGCAUCGCAAGCCCUGUCUCAUGCUGCAGUUCCCGCUGCGACUAGAGAUUCCGGUCAAGAUGCUCCUACGCCAGGGCGGGUACAUACCGCUACCCCGGUACUCGCUACUCCGGCUCUGACUGUACCCCAAGCCUCGGCUUCUGCUGCUCCGGCUCCGACUGUACCUCAAGCCUCGGCUUCUGCUACUCCCGCUGCGACCGUACCCCAAACCUCGACUUCUGCUGCUACUCCGGCCUUAUCCCAACCGCAGCCUCAGGCGUCCGCUGCGCCGGAACCGCAAGUUUUGCUGCCACCUGCAGUCCCCGCUGCGCCCCGAGAGUCCAGUCAAGAUGUCUCUAUGCCAGACGCGGUUUCCGCCACAGCCCAGGCGUCACCGAAGAAUCCCACCCCGACAGUGGCUCCUGCUCCCGCCGAGAGUCAAUUAGAAAAACCGAUGCAGACCACUGCCGCUGUGUCCCCUAAACCAGCUCAAGCUACGAUCCAGUCCACUGCAGUGUCUACCAUGCCCGCUUCUACCGAUUCAAGCUCCGUUCCAACCCCACCACCGCCGCCCCAGAUGGCGGCCACGACCGCUCGAUGACCCGUCAGAAACGUUCCCUUAUGAUUUCUUUCUGGGAGGAUACCAAUGGCGUUAGUAAUGGGGGGUAGGCGUCCAGCAUAUAUCGGUUGGGGGAUUUCAGGGACGGGUGGCAACGGCAAGGUUGCGCGGCUGCAUUGUAUACAGCGAGGCACUUCGCUACGGAGCGUCGGGCAUUAUGUCUCGACAGCAUGGAGCAUCAUUUGCAUGUCCUUUGUUAGAAGUUUGAUGUGCGAUUCUAAGUUAGCUAGCAUACCCUACGGAGUCGCGAUCUGUUUUAUUCAGUCUUCUCGGCGAGGGAUUGAGCCAUGGCGUACCCAAUCGGCUCUUUAAGGACUGAGAAAUACCAGAGUAGACUCGGGACGGUUCUUCUGGCCGUCAAAAUAA